GCAGAUCCAAUGCGUGGGCCACGAAAACUAGAGGUUGUGGAAAUCAAAUCUAGACAAAUCACUAUUUGCUGGGAACCAUUUGGAUAUAAUGUCACACGUUGCCAUCGAUACAACCUCACAGUCCAUUACCGUUACCAGGCUGGAGGACAAGAGCAAGUGAGAGAAGAAGUCAGCUGGGAUACAGAAAGUUCACAUCCCCAGCACACAAUUACUAACCUAUCACCCUACACAAAUGUCAGCAUCAAAUUAGUGCUAAUGAAUCCAGAAGGACGAAAAGAAAGCCAAGAACUUGUAGUACAAACUGAUGAAGAUGUCCCGAGUGCCGUACCACUUGAAUCCAUUCAAGGGAGUACCUUUGAAGAGAAGAUUUUUCUUCAGUGGAGAGAGCCAGCACAAACAUAUGGUGUGAUUACUUUGUAUGAGAUCACCUACAAAGCAGUCAGUUCCUUUGACCCAGAAAUAGAUUUAUCCAAUCAAAGUGGACGUGUCUCAAAGCUAGGAAAUGAAACGCACUAUCUCUUUUUUGGACUAUAUCCUGGCACUACCUACUCCUUUACCAUCAGAGCCAGCACAGCUAAAGGCUUUGGACCUCCAAUCACAAAUCAAUUCACCACUAAAAUAUCAGCACCCUCUAUGCCACCAUAUGAACUUGAAACACCUUUGAAUCAAACUGACAGCACUGUGACAGUCUUGCUGAAACCUGCACAGAGCAGAGGCGCUCCUGUCAGGUACUGGGGGAAAAAUCUUUAUAAAAUUAAAACCAAAUUGAUUAAUUUCUUGAACAUGUUUUCUGGGGAUUUUCUACACAGAUUUGAUCCAGAUGCAAGUGGCUUGUUCUUUGAAGAUAAGGAACAAAGCCAUAGUUCUGUUGUGUGGGUGGCUUCUUUAAGUGUCUAUCAAAUAGUUGUUGAAGAAGAACGCCCACGGAGGAUCAAAAAGGCAACUGAAAUCCUGAAGUGCUACCCAGUGCCGAUUCAUUUCCAGAAUGCUUCACUUUUGAAUUCCCAGUACUACUUUGCUGCAGAGUUUCCAGCCAAUGGUUUACAAACUCCUCAGCCUUUUACUAUUGGUGAUAACAAAACCUACAGUGGGUUCUGGAACACUCCUCUUCUUCCUCAUAAGAGCUACAGCAUCUAUUUUCAAGCUGCUAGCAGAGCCAAUGGGGAAACCAAAAUCGACUGCGUCAGGGUAGCCACAAAAG